GCUCUCAGGCUGUCAGAUCCCCACCACCAUCACCACCACCAUUACCAAGUCUAAUCACAAUUAACCCCGCAGCUCCCCCGCCCAUCGCGCGUCCCGUCCCGUCGCCUCCCCAGCAACUCGGAGUCGGAGGAGCCUCCACCUCCCCACCCCUCCUUCACGCGCGGCGGCAUAGGGGUCGUCGUCCGCGGCCUGCGGCCAUGGGCGAAGCGGCGGCGGUGCUCCCCGUCGGAGCCGGCAGCGCGGCGCCGCCGCCGUGGGCGGACAUGGAGACGGACUGCCUGGCGCACGUGUUCCGGCGGCUGGACCUCGAGGACCUGGCCGCGGCGGCCCCGCUCGUGUGCCGCGGCUGGCGCCGCGCCGCCGCCGACCCGUCCCUGUGGCGCGCGCUCGACCUGCGCCGGGACCACGUCGCCCGCUUCAUGCCCUGGGCGCCCCUCGCCGCCGCCUUCGCGCGCCGCUACGGCGUGCCGCGCUUCCAGCUCGCGGGCUUCCUCAGCCUCUGCCUCGCCCGCGCGCGGGGCUCCGCCGACGACCUCGCGCUCCCGCCGCUCCUCGCCUCGCCGGCCGCCGACCUCGACUGCAUUUCGCUCCAGUGCCCGAGGCUGCGGCGCCUGGCGCUCCCGCAGCUCCCCGCCGGCGACGAGGCGCGCCUGGCGGAGCUCGUCCUGCGGUGGCCGCUGCUCGAGCAUCUGGAGCUCGACGCCAAGCCGGGCGCCUCCUUCCCCGCCCUCGCCGCGCAGCUCGGCCGGCACUGCCCGCGCUUCGCCAGCCUCCAGACCUCGGGCGCCGUCAAGCCCGAGGACGCCGCGGCGCUGGCGCGCUCCCUGCCGGGGCUCCGCUCCCUCUGCCUCGACCGCUCCUACCUGCCCCGGCAGGAGCUGCUCACCAUCCUCGCCGGCUGCCGCGGCCUGCGGGAGCUCAGCGCGCGGGGCUGCGUCGGCUUCGACGAGGGCGACGAGGAGGUGGCCAGGCGCGGGGCUCGGAUCGAGCGCUUCGACGUCGCAGGGUCCAAGAUGAUCGACGAGCUCCAGGACGAGCUCGCCGCCGGCGACGACCUCUGCGACUCCUCCUACGUCGACGUGAUGUGAUCUGCGUGCUUGCCCGAUCGCCGAUCGGUGGUGCUCGUGUCGUACGCUUUGCCGUGUACAGCUAGCUAGCGAGAAAGGGAUGGAGAGCGUAAUCAAUGCGCACUCAUGCUGGCAUUGGUAAUUAAUCUGAUGGUUUCUAGAAAAGUUAUUAUAAAUUAGAGGGACCGGCCGGUCUUUGUUUUGGGAUGGAUCUUUCGGUUCACACACCUUUGCAUUGCCUGCCUUCUGGUACGAUAUUUUGGUGUACCUGCAUCA